UGUCGUACUUCAUUUAGAAGAACUAAAAACCUACAUUUCGAAUAUUCAUUGACAUAAAAUUCAAAAUUAUUGUUACAUUAAGUGCUAGUCAGUCACGUUUAACGUAUCUGUGCUCAGUAUGCAUUCGUUAUAAGAUGAAAUUUACUGGAGUUUCUUCUAUAACAUUUGUAUUCUUAGUUAGUGCUCUAUGUAUUGAUAUUGUUAUUGGGAAAGAACAUCAUAGGGAAGAGAGAGCUGUUAUAGUUUAUCAACGCAAUUCAGUUAUUCAGUUUACUGUGGGGCCGUCAUUUCCAGCACAACUUCCAAGGCGCACAAUAUCAUUAGAUAUUGCGAUACAACAAAACUUGAACCUGCCAACCAAUUACAAUUUCACUUAUCCUCCAAUUGUUUCGGGAAGGGCAGCAGUAAAUCCGGAUCUUAAUGAUGUUGACAGAGUCACCAUGUACAAAUAUUUGAUAAAUAUAAUAGACAACGUAGGAUUAAAUGGUAAAAUUUGUUUACUAAAAUCAAUUUGUGAAAUUGGACAAUAUCCAAUGCAUAUAGAGGAUACAGACAGCUUAUUAGAAAGAAUUGUUCAUUAUGUAUUUACACCUUCAGAAGACCUAGUGGAUGACGUAAAUGAUAUUAUGUCUGAAAAUUUUCAGCAAGAUGAAGCCAAUGGUGAAUUCUUUGACCAACCAAGGAAAAUGUAA